AUGUCCAUUUAUGUGAGGCAAUUUUUCGCAAUUAAACGUGUUGCUGUAGCAAAUGGAAUAAAAAUAGCUGAAAAAAAACUUACUGAAUUUGAGCAAAUUUACAAUUUCACAACUGAUUCUCAACUUCGUCAUGAUAUGCAU